ACGCUCCUCUGACCGCCUGCUGGAGAUAAGCUGCCUGCCUGAAUGACUGACUGACUGAAUGACUGACUGACUGACUGACUGACUGACAGCCUGCAGGGGAAGCAGCAUCAGCCUGGUCGCUGUUCUAUCAGUUCCCAUGAAGAUGGAAAGCUGCGUGUUCAGCAGCAUUCUCCGUGGCGGCUGUGAGGAGCGGUUGCUGGAUUGAGUCCUCCUUUGGAAGCCAUGGAGCAACCAGCUGAGCCCCAGCCUGACAGCAGGCAGGAGAUGGGUUCUCCACCUGUUCUGCACUGUGAGAGCAGGGAAAGCUCGCUCCAGGAGGAAGGCACAACCAUGAGAAGAGGGGAGCACUACCUACCGGUCCCUGGAGAGGACAAAAACCUGGACAGGGACCGGAACAACCAUGCUGGGAACAAUGAAUCUAUGCCAAUGAAAAGUCUUGAUGUGAAUGACGGCUCUCUGCUGCAUGCGCCCCUUGGUCCCUACUUCUCUGAUGGACAGCGCCGUGUGGACUAUGUUCUGACCUAUAGCGUCCAGAAGCCCAACGGGGUCCGACGGCCGUCCUCCAAGCCCAGCGAGGGCAACAUGUUUGAAAGGCUACGGCGCAGCAUGAGCACAAGGAGCAGCAAGGCGCCGCUGCAGCCCAGGGAGGACCCGGAGGUCGCCGCCACGGAGCAACAGGAUAAUUAUCAUGAGGAUGACAAGCGCUUCAAGAGGGACGAGUUUGAGCAGAACCUGCAGGAGAUCGGUCUGGAGCUGGAGAAGGAUGAGUCGAGUAAAUUCCCAGGAAUCGGCUUCCUUAAGAUCCACGCUCCUUGGACCGUUUUGUGUAGAGAGGCCGAGAUCAUGAAGCUGAAGAUGCCAACAAAGAAGGUGUAUGAAGUCAAACCAAGCAGCAACAUAGUGGAGAAAAUCCGACGGUUCAUCCACAAAGUCACGGAUCCGCUCCACCCCAAAGUGGGUCCCAAACGGCGGGAAGAUGAGAAAUCGCUCUCGCUUCCUUUUUCAAGGGAGAAGCAACAUCUUUUUGACUUGUCUGACAGAGACCAGUUCUUUGACACCAAGACGAGAAGCUACAUUGUCUCUGAAGUCCUGAAGAGGAUAAAAUGCACCAGACCCAACUACUCUAUGGGGAUCACCAGUCUGCUAGCCAACGGUGUUUACACGUCUGGUUACCCCCUGCAUGAUGGAGACAUUGAGGGGGCUAAUGCAGAGCCUAAUGACAGGAAGCAUGAGGAAAAUCUUUGGUUGGAUGUAGAAACAGGCCUGAGCCUCAGAUUGCCACCAAAACUCCUCCGCAGGCUGCUGCUUGGUGGUCAAACCGCUUCAUUGCUGCUCCGCCUGAAGCAGGAGAGCAUCAACAGCCGCUGGACAGAUAAACAGCAGCUUUUGAACAGAGAUGUUUCUCUCCACAGGAAAUACUUUGGAGAAAAGGUGGGCCUUUAUUUCGCCUGGUUAGGAGUCUACACCCAGAUGCUGAUUCCAGCUGCCAUCGUUGGCGUCAUCGUCUUCCUUUACGGCUGCGCCACCGUCGAUGAUAACAUACCCAGCUGUGAUCCACAGGAGGAACAUAAGGACCACCACAGAGCCGAGUACGAGCUACGUGUUGCAGAAAAGACCAUGAGACAAGAUCAUGGAGCCCCUAAGGAAGAGAAAGUGAAAUUAACGUGCACAGACAGAAUGCCAGCCUAUGCGACGACUGUGGUCAUGAUGGCCUUUAUGAUAGCGGUAACCUUGGCCAUAGUCUUUGGGGUCAUCCUGUACCGAAUCACCAUUAAGACGGCUCUGCACCUGAGCACCUUCCCCGCUGCGCGCUCCAAUGUUCGAGCCACGGUAAAAACCACGGCCGCCAUCAUGAGUGUCAUCAUCAUCAUCAUCCUGGAUGAGAUCUACGCCUCCGUCGCCCGCUGGCUCACCAGAAUGGAGGUGCCCAAAACAGACAAGAGUUAUGAAGAGCGACUCAUUUUCAAAACGUUCGUCUUGAAGUUCGUCAACGCCUUUUCACCCAUCGUCUACCUGGCGUUUUUCAGGGGCAGACUGGUUGGCAGACCUGGGAAUUACCUCUACGUUGUUGGAACCUACAGGAUGGAGGAGUGCGCUCAUGCAGGCUGCCUGAUGGAGCUGUGCAUCCAGUUGUGCAUCACCAUGCUGGGCAAGCAGCUCAUCCAGAACAACCUUUUUGAGAUCGGCAUCCCGAAGAUAAAGAAACUGAUGCGGAAGAGGAAGUCAGCCAUGACCUCCAAGCAAGAGGAGGACUUCAACAAAACCCUGAAGCGCUACGAGAAGGAUAACAUCCUGGGUCCGUUUGUUAGCAUCAACCCCGAGUACAUGGAGAUGAUUAUCCAGUUCGGCAUGGUGACUCUCUUCGUGGCGUCCUUCCCUCUGGCGCCGCUCUUCGCUCUUCUAAAUAACAUAAUUGAAAUCCGUCUGGAUGCUAAGAAGUUUGUGAUGGAGCUGCGCAGACCGAUUGCAGCCAAAGCCAAGGACAUCGGUAUCUGGUAUAACCUCCUGAGGGGCCUCAGCAAGGUAGCGGUCAUCGUUAACGCUUUUGUCAUCGCCUUCACUUCAGACUUCAUCCCUCGGCUCGUCUACCAGUACCAGUACAGUCGUGACGGGACGAUGCACGGCUUCGUCAACCACACCUUGUCCUAUUUCAACGUCAAUGACUUUGAGCCGGGUACGGCGCCACAGCAACCAGACCACCUGGGUUACGAGGUGAAAAUCUGCAGGUAUAAGGACUAUAGAGAUCCUCCCUGGUCUGACACUGCAUAUUCCCUCUCCAAGGAGUUCUGGUGCAUUCUAGCUAUCCGCCUCGCCUUCGUCAUCAUCUUCCAGAACGUGGUGAUGCUCAUGAGUGAUUUCGUAGACUGGCUUAUCCCAGACAUCCCCAAAGACAUCAGCCUUCAGAUCCACAAGGAAAAGCUCCUCAUGUUGGAGCAUUUCAUGAAGGAAGAGAAGGGUAAAAGGCUCACGGUGCGAGGCAACGGCAAUCACGACAACUGCACCAGUCCCUCGUCGGACAACCCCAGCCCGCCGCAGCCACGCUCCCGACCCGUCUUCCACGCCAGAGCCGGAUGGUAGUGUCAGAGAGGAGUCGUUGACGCAUGGCUUCCCUUUUCAUUCGUUCAUCAGUAAAGCUUCUGCUGCUUUUCCAUUCGUUGGGGUUUUAGAGUAUAAAUGAGGUGUUCCUGUCAGAGUCUGUCGUAGGUUUCCAUCUUAGAUGUUGUGCACGCUACGCCGUCCUCUUCCUGCCAGAGAUGCAUCGGCCUCAAACUUUAUUUGAAGUGGAUGAAGCCAUACGGCUCCCUGAGGGACCCGCUUCAGGUUUACCUUUAAGGAAACGGUGCCAAACUACUUAGAGCCAAAGGAGACGACCAUCCCAGCUGCCGGCUCUCUGAUCCACCAACAAGCAGAACGUCCGUCCAAAUCAUUGUCCUGAGAGGAGCCUCUUUUCUUUUCCUCCUGUAUUUGCGGUACAUGUCUACAUUUUCAUUGCUGUUGGACAUAUUUAUACAUUUUUAAUAUGUAGACCAACUUGAACUGGUUUCACAUUUAGACGCUGGUUAGUAACUGGUGUUUCCGAGCAACAAGCAGCCCUGAAAGCACAAGACUGGCCGAAUAUUUACUGCACAAACGGAAAGAAAGCCAUGAAUUCAGAUUAGAUGUUAGAUUACUGGUGCAGAACCAGUUUACAGAAACCUGCAGCCAUAUGACUCAGCUCAGACCAUGAACGUCCUGCGACACACAAAAGUCAGGAAGGCAACAUUCACCGUGUAGAUUCCAGUCCUAUCGGUGCUUAGGAGUUUUAGCUAAUGAGAAGAAAGAUUUUCUAGAAAAAAAAAGCAAAUCCUCCUCAGAUCGUUCAUCACUUCUGGCUCAGCGGAUGAUUUUUUUAUACAGAGUCUUUAUUUCUAGUGUCUUACUUUUAAAAUGCUCUACUUUUCUAAAAAUGUUUUCCAUUUGUUCAUCUAAGCAUAAAGCUGCCACUUAAACAGGAACUAAAAGGCCAUAAAAUGUCAAUUUCCAGCUGAGAAGGAUGAGCGGGAUCAAAGAGUUGCUGAUAUUUGGUCGCUGUGGCAACGGGAGGAGAAGUGAUGCUUUGGUUGUUUGGUGUGAAACGAACCUGAAGGUUUAUUUUUCUGCAGACCUUCUCAGCUUUCCACCUCAUAGCAACAAACUCUCUGCCUUAAUACCUACAAAAGUCGUUUUGAAGAUGUCCUCCCAUUCAACGUGCUGCCGGUCUGAUCACACGCGUCUUUUUUUCACCUCAGCCUUAUUUUAACUUGGUAAAAGUUUUUCUUUCU